UGCCAGCCCGUUGUAGUCGGCAAUCUUGUUUUGACUCAUGGGAUAUGGCGCUUCAGUCUUCAUCCAGGGCUUAUCUUUCGUUGCGUGCUGGCCAGAGAGGGCCUUCAGCGACUUGAUCAGCUUGCAGGCGCAGCCCUUUGUUGGGGUUGUGGACUUGCCGCCAGAUGUGCAGAGAAUGUUUGAGGAAAUGUGUGAGUUGGAAGGCGUGAGCCAGUCCGAAAUGCUGGCGCGCUGGAUAGAUGCACGCUGGGAAGCCAUGGGUUACAAGGACUCUGACCUUGAGAUAUUGGACAAAGAGCCAUGCGAUUCCAAGGCUGACAGUUCCAGCGCCAGCUGCUCCAAAGAUGAUCGAGGAUCAGCCAACACAGCACAAGCUGAAUUCAGGCCGAGUGGCAAAGUGCAUGCCGAGGCUGAUGAACACGUGGGGGAGAGGAAGCUCCAUGACAAGGAAGAGUCAACUGAGGAUGAGGAGGAGGAGGAGGACGCAGUUCCUGACAUCGACACAUGGAUGCGCCGCUAUGGUUCAAGCGAGCCUGAUGAUUAAGAUUUAGCA